CAAGACGUGCAGCAGCGUCGCGCGUGGCCCACUGGGAGCGAACAGUGGCGUCGGCGUCAGCAGCAGGGGCAGUGGAGGCGCCAGAGUGCAGUGAAAGGGCGCUGUGCUCACCAGACUGGACAGGUCGGGCGGCCCGGAAGGAGGGCGGCGCGGCGGCUCGGCGGCUCGGCUGCCGGGCGGCUCGGCGGCUCGGCGGCUCCGCUGCUGGGCGGCACGGCUGCUGGGCGGCUCGGCUGCUGGGCGGCUCGGCUGUUGAGCGGCUCGGCUGCUGGGCGGCUCGGCUGCUCUGCUGUCGGGCGGCUCGGUUGUGCUGCUGA